UGUGUGUGUUGGGGGGGAGGGGGGGAGUGAACGGCGGGACUCGGUGCUCGUGCGGAGCUGCGGCGGGGCUUUUGGCUGCGCGAGCUCUCUGCGUUUCCGCUCGGCCCCUCCCUCUCUCCCUCCGCGUGCGCCUCCCCGCUCGGCUCUCGGGGAAACCGCGGCGGCCUGCAGGAGAAAAAAACUCCACACUACAACAAAGGCGGAGGCCGCAGUGUGUUCACCGGGACACGAUCCAGAGUGAAGGAAUAGAGGAGGAGCUCCUGCAUGAGUGAGUGUGUUCUGCAUGGAUAGCAGUGUGUUAUUGGGACGUCCGUGUGCUAAAGAACGACAGAUUUGGAGUGAGGCCAAUGAGGAUUAAGGACGAUGGAUGACACUGUGACGAGACUCGCUCUCCGUUCCCAGGAGCCGAAAAUCAUCCUGCAUGGCUCGGAUGAUGGAGGGAUGUGUGGGGAGGAGUACGUGGUGGAGCUGCAGGAGACGGUCCUGCUCUCGGAUGGAGAGAACGACGGAGAGAAUGAUGGCGUUGCUGUACGGAGCUUCUCCUCUGAUGAGCUGGUCAUCCAGGACGCCGUGGAGGACGUGGUCGCCGAGGACGAUGAGGGCGUUGCUGUGGAGACAUGCGUGAUGUCACUGGAGGGUGAGGAAGAUGAGGAGGAUGGAGUGACGGUGGCAGAGGAAGAGCUGGUGGAGGAGAGAGAGAAUGAGCUGCACUCCACCGAAGAUUAUCUUAUGAUCUCCUUGGAUGAAGACGGGAAAAUGGUGUCUGCUGAUGGAGAGGAAGUGACAGUGGAAGGAGCUUUGGAUGAGCAGGAAGUCGAGAAAGAUGAAGACGGACAGGAAGUCAUUAAAGUUUACAUCUUUAAAGCUGAUUCCGGAGAUGACGAGCUCGUGAGUGACGGCCAUCACACUCACACUGAAGGGGGCUCUAAGCUUACAGAUGAGGUGUAUAUGGAGGUGGUGGUUGGGGGAGAGGAGCCGGUGUGUAACGAUCGAACAUAUGAGAGCAAAGAAUUUAUGCCUGUGAACUGGACAGCUGCUUAUGAUGACUCGGAGUGCUGUGAGAACAGGAACGGUGCCGCGAGUGCGGUUCUACACAUCGAUGAGUCUGAGAUGCCGCACACAAUCAAGCAACAACACGGAAAAACACACAGACGGGCCGAGCACAGACAGGUGCAGACAGCGAUCAUCAUCGGGCCGUAUGGUCAGCCCCUCACCGUGUACCCGUGUGUCCUUUGUGGAAAGAAGUUCAAAUCUCGCGGCUUCCUGAAGCGUCACACUCGGAACCACCACCAGGACGUCCUGAGCCGUAAGAAGUACCAGUGCACCGACUGUGACUUCACCACCAACAAGAAGUCCAGUUUCCACAGUCACAUGGAGGAACACACACAACACACACAGCACACACACACACUCAACACCAAGGCUCAGUUGGAGUCUGAAACGCUGAAGGAUUUCCACCAGCAGGCGGCGCCGCUCUUCUCCAAUCGCCUUCACACGCAGCAGAAAACAAAGAUGGCCGCUGUCCCUGCUAAGAAGACUCACAAGUGUAAGUUCUGCGAGUACGAGACGGCGGAGCAGGGCCUGUUAAACCGCCACCUGCUGGCCGUGCACAGUAAAAACUUUCCCCAUGUGUGUGUCGAGUGUGGAAAAGGCUUCAGGCAUCCGUCUGAACUCCGCAAACACACGCGCACACACACGGGCGAGAAGCCGUACUCGUGCACACACUGCAGCUACAAAUCUGCCGAUUCGUCCAACCUGAAGACGCACAUGAAGACCAAACACAGCCAAGAGGACCAGGAGACGCCGGCGGUUCCGGAGCAGCACGUGGAGAAGCUCACGGAAACCGUCGCCGAGAAGCCGCCGGACCACGACCCCGAUCACGACCAGGAGGAGGAGGAGGACGACGACAACGACGAGGCUCGGGGGCAUCACUGUGACCUUUGUGAUCAUCGCAGCUCCAAUUCCAGCGACCUGAAGCGGCACGUCAUCUCCGUCCACACGAAAGACUAUCCUCACAAGUGCGACGCCUGUGGUAAGGGCUUCCAUCGACCCUCUGAGCUCAAAAAACACGCCGUAUCCCACAAGGCCAAGCGGCCGCACCAGUGUCGCCACUGCAGCUUUAAGACUGCCGAUCCGUUUGUGCUGAGUCGACACAUUUUAUCUGUUCACACUAAAGAACAGCAGCAGCAACAGGAAACGCAACAAAAUGCAAACGAACAACAACCGGCGCCUUCGUUACAGACGCAGGAGCGAAGUCCACCCAAAAAGACGAUCGGGGCGGCGCAGCUGGCACUGGGCGGAGCUCCCAUCAUUAAAAAAGUCAUAGGUGCCAAGGGACCAAGGGAGCGACGUGUGUAUCAGUGUCAGUACUGCGACUACAGCACCGGGGACGCCUCGGGAUUCAAACGCCACGUCAUCUCCAUCCACACCAAGGAUUAUCCUCAUCGCUGCCAGUUCUGCUCCAAGGGCUUCCGGAGACCAUCCGAAAAAAACCAACACAUCAUGCGCCAUCACAAAGACAUGAUGCCCAGUGAGUGAGUCAGAGAGCGAGUCAGGGAGUGAGUCAGGAGCGAGUGAGUCAGAGAGCGAGUGAGUCAGAGAGCGAGUCAGGGAGCGAGUGAGUCAGA